ACAAAUCCCUCUUAGAUGCAGGUGGUCGGGCACAAGCAAAGAGUUAAUCCUGCGCUCCCUUUGCCCCUCCUCUUUGAUGUUCUGACAUCAUUAGCCCGGCCCCCUGAAAGAUCUCCUCUUUCCUCUGAGCCCGUCACUUCUACUCUGGAAUGUUUACAGGAACUUCAUGAGCAGCAUCAGGACCAAGUGUUUAUCAGAGGAAAAAAGACAUGCUCUGAAGAAAUCUGGGGUUCAGAGAUCACAGUGGAUGCCACAGGUGUAGCCGCUGGGCUCAACAGAGUAAUGGCUGUUCAGACUGCAAUCAUGAACCCUCAGUUCAUGAAUUUCUGCUUCCCUGGUUCUGUGAUGGAGUACGACGUGGAAAAAAGUCUGGAUGGGAGCCUCCUGGGUGAGGCAGAAAAUGACGAGGACUACAAAGAGACCACUAGGGACCUGCUGAGCUUCAUAGACUCAGCCUCCAGCAACAUCAAGCUGGCUCUGGACAAGCCAGUGAAAUCCAAACGGAAAGUCAACCACCGGAAGUAUCUACAGAAACAGAUCAAAAGGUGCACCGGCAUUAUAACACCUGGAAAUGUAGCAGAGGCCCCAGUAAAGAGACAAGGCUCCCCCUUGACUCAGCCAAGCCCUUUGCAGAGCAAAACUUUACCUAAGCGUGAUGGGGUCCAGGCCAACUUACAGAGCAAGAGCUUGGCAGCACUCUUCAGCCCUGUGAAGGAUAUAAGGGGUGAAAAAGCCAAGAAGCCGCCCUUGAGGCAUCGCAAUCUGCCUCCUUCUUUCUUUACCGAGCCCGCAAACUGCUCCAAAGUCAGCUCCACAUCUGGGAUGUCGCUGAAGGACUUGGAACGAGGCAAUCCUGAGGCUGCAGACUUCUUUGAGCUCCUGGGGCCCGAUUACAGCAACAUGGUGAGCGACCAGGACCUGUAUCAAGGUAUGCCUUUCAGGGUGCAGCCAGAGCUGGGAGGCCCGGAUCCUGCCUCCUACGAUGCUCACCAUUUAGUCGGCGGUCUCCUCUAUUCUGAGCCCUGGACUAGCUGCUCAGGACCCUCUAAGAAACUGGGGGAGACCCUUCGUACAGGCCCAGCCCAGCCUCCUGCCUACUGUCACUCUGAGGCUGCUUCAGGGCCUAUAGAAGACAAUGCACUGUGCACUUUGGCCUUCCCAAACUUCUUCACAGACUGCUCCAUACCUCAGGUCACUUAUGAUUUAAGUGGUGGUUAUAACAGAGCUAAUUAUUCAUCUCUAUGAGAAACUGACAUUUGUGUUGUUAGAAAUACUGGUUUAAAAAAAUUGCAGAGACAAGUUAACAGUAGAGUAAGAGAGUUUCAUGUUACUGUAUUGUAUAUGUCUAUCUGUUGUGGAAGUAAUAUUGCAACUGGAAAACAUGUAGUAUCAUCUCUGGUCAAAAGAAAAAAAUGUGUCAUGCAACUUUUCCCCCUCAUGAAAAAAAAUCUUGUCAUUCAUGAAAAAAUAUGAAAAGUUCAUUAAAGUGUCCCAGUUUCAGUUGUUUCGCAUGUGGAUCAGAUUUUCUUUAUCUCAGGCAAUUUGCAAUGACAUUCUGUAUGAAAAUACAUCUAAUGCUGGUUCUGCUUCAGUUCUGUCAAUGAAGCUGGGAAUUUGUUAAUCAGACGUCAAAACAUUUUCAUGUUUUACAAAAAGAGAACACAAAAGCUGUUGGUUUAGUUCACUAGACACCAGCUUUUUCCUAGAAAGUGAUUAUUAUAGAACUGUGACAAAACAACAGAAGCACUUUUUCAUUCCUGUUAGAAGCGGCAACAUAAAGAGGACAACUAAUUUUUGCUGAAAUGAUGAUUGCAACAAUGUUUGAUGCCAUGUUUGCUUUGCAAAAUUUUAUAACUCUGAAUUUAUUUUCAGCUGGCAGAUUGACCACUUGUGUCUUUUUUUGGAACAAAAGAAUUUAAUGUGUCUAGUUAUUGUAAGAAGACAAAAUAAAGCUGGUCUUUAUUA